GGAGAAGCAGGCAGCAGUUGCUCUCUAAUUCACGUGGUGUAUGUGAUUAUCGUGUGAUUCCUCUUGACUGCCUAACGCACUGAAGAAUGGGGCGCAGAAUACCGAAGAGUCGCCGGCACAAAAAGCUGAAGUCUGUUGACCCCUUUCGGAAGGACGCUGGUGCGCCCAAGAAAGACGAUCCUCGUGCGAACAGACCUCCGAAAAGCUUGGAACAGGAAGUGCCACGUAAACUCCAAGUCCUGUUUGACGGCAUGAACGACGACGAGGAGCCUGCCGAAAAGCGGCGGAGAAAGCGCAAGGCAUCCAAGAACCUCAUCACGGUGCAGCGCUGCAAGAUGGAAUCCGAGCAGCGUGGCAUGACACGCCCGCUCAAGCCGUUGCCCGAGCGCCUCGAGCAGCAGCCAAACGAAAGUGACGACCAGUUCCUGAAGCGCCUGGAUCAUCUGGCGGGGAGGGCCUUCACCGAGGCUAAGAUCGAGAACAAGUUCAACGUGCGCAUCGACCACGACGAACAGGGCCAAACCGUCGUCAACCCCAAGGGCGGCGAAGCUCUAGACAAAAACUACGGGGCACGCAAGCGAGAGAAGCGCAAGUUAUGGGAGCAAAAGUUGAAGGAAAAGAAGCGACAAAAGUUGUCCUCCAGGCAACAGCAGAGUGACUUUGGCCACCUCAAAGAUCAAGUGGCCUUUGGCGAAGUCGUCCAUCACCCUCCUGACAUCACUGCCCAUGUCCGCAAGGCUGACAGUACCAAACUGUCAAAGCCUGGCAAGAAAGAGCUUCUUCUGACCAAGAUGCUGACGGGCGACUCUGGCGACAAGCCGGACCUGACGGUCAAGCGCAAAGAGCUACCGGAAGGAGACCGGAAGCGACUGGAGGCCGAGCGCCAGAGGGCCGUCUUCCUCUACCGCAAGAUGAAGGCUGAGGCAGCACUGAAGAGGGCUUCCGCAACAUGACCGACGUGAAAAAUGGGGGAUUCAGGUGGAAGGGACUGUACAGACUGAUGCAUUCCUCGACUCUUGAGGAUUGCGAUUUCUCAUGCACAUUUAUUGACAAUCGUGCCCUUCGUGAAGUACCGAAAAUUACUUCCCUUUUCUCUAUUGUUAGUUAUGAAGCAGAUCGCUGACAUUCUGGUUCACUUAAUGCAUAUUCUGCAAUGCCGUGGAAGUCACCGAGGAAUUUCAAUUGUCCGCAUAUGAAGUCUGUUUCACACUUGAAGAAAAUUUUGGAAUGCAUGGCACGCGGUGUGGCCAGUGCUGCAGACGCAUGCCGCCGUAGCAGAACACUAUGCCCCUAGCAAGACUGCAGUGUCUGCUGUUAGCACGAGCUGCUGCAGGCACACAACUGCAGCACUGGUCGCACCAUGAUGUUGUGACUUCCCCUAGGUGUGAAACAGACUGUACAUCUUUGUAUUACAUGGGAAGUCUUUAUUACUGUAAAUGCUUGCAGUUAGAUUUGUCGAUCCUGUCGCUCUGGCCCGGGGGUUUCGUAGCCUCUCAUCGGCUCUUGAGGCUGCGCAAUCACCCCGCAAAAGUAGUGGCGCACGGGUCAUUGUGCAAGCCAUAAUAUAUCAUCGCAAGUGCCUUCGCAGAGGCACCCAGGGUAGGUUUCCUUUCAAACUUAUCACUUUUUCAUCCUCCUCUUUAAACUUUCUCUUGCACAGAAGUGUCUGCCAAACGUAUUUGCCGCGACAUUCACAGGAAAUAGAAUAAAGGUAGAGGGCGCAAGCCAACUGUUUCUGUGUGGGAAAUGUGUGUAUGCUACUGAAUAUGUAAUAUCAAUACAACCGGUGACAGUUCCACAUUGUCCUCUGUCUGGUACAAUCCUCACAGGUUGGCUUUUGAUAAAUUAAGGCCUAGUAAUGCACACACUUUUGUAUCUACUCUCUCAAGUUUGUGUUGCAACAGCAUAAUUUCGACUCAAAUGCUUACGUCGGAGUGAACAUUAGCUUUAGUGGCCACAUUUGCAGUGACACGAUGCGGGUUACUUCAAGCAGUCUCGCAGACUAAUCCUUACAACAAACUUGAUUUUGCAUUUCAAAGCAUGAGCACUGUGCAUUACAGCCACUACUUGUCACAACUCUUGUAACAUCUCGAGUUGAUGCUCGCCUCUUCGAAAUGGCAGGCAGUGCCACACAUUAUCAUGCUGGGUUUUGUGCUGUAUGAACGCACUAGCAUAAGAACGCUAGUGCGUUCUUAUGUUAGUGCAUAAGAACUCGCGUAAUGAAUGCACUAGCAUAAGAAACACACCCCUAUCUUCAGUCGCUAAAAUUGUGAUUUUUUUUCUCCCACAUAAUAAAUGCACCCCCUACAUUCAUCCACUACAGUCCGCUAACCGACACCUGGCGCCUCCUUGCCGUUGGAUCUCUUCCGUUUAAUUAUUAUUAUGCCGACCCCCUUCGGCCACCUCAGAUCGCUCCCCCCUCCCUUGCCCGCUACUGUGUGGGUUUUCUAUCUGUGCGCGACACGUCCCUUGUCUUUUUAUUAUCUGUGCGCUACAGUGAGGCUCACAAAUGGUGCGAGUGUAGAGACAUCGCAGCUGACAAGCAUACAGCGAGUGAAGGUCACGAACCUGCUUGCGCUAACUCACUGUCGCUUUCUUAAAAUACGAUACUUUCAGGCCCAACCACAUGCAUGUGAUUUUCGAGCAAUGACAACAGGAUUUUCUGUCGCGAUAGGCCAUUUGUCGUUACUGCAUUGCAGGCUUCUGGAAAACCAGGAAAAGAUAUUGCUUGUUGCCCAGAAAAGAUUGUGACUAUUUCCGCGACAUGGUAGCACCCCCUAUUCUCGCUUUGGUCGCAAUUUGCUCUUCGUGCUUGUUAUCAGCACAUACUUCAUUUUCUACGGUAACUUCUCACAAGGGCAGCAAGACGGCAGCCAUAUUUUGUCAUCAAUCUUGUUAUCCAUAGCUUGUUAUGAUGCUUCAGUGGUAGCUUGCUGCAAUUUUGGUUACUUGCUACAAUGUCAACGUGGUCGUCACAGUUGUCGUGCAAGGUUGCCACGAAGUUGGCAAAGUGCAUCGUAGCGCACACUUUUUGUCCCCCCUCAAGAUCAUAGCAGAUACCACUGCUGCGGUUGAACGAUUGCGAGAAAAGAUAACUGCGAAACGCAUUUAUGGCGUGCGCGAUCGCACUGGGACAGUUUGCAGAAAAUAGUGCCAUCAACCACCGAAGAUAACUGAAGUGCAAUAAAGCAGCUGUUUCCGAACAGCGUACGUGUAUGUAAAUUGCAAAAGGCUAAGCAACCUAACAAUUUUUUUGCAUUAUCGCAUUUUUCACUCCUACCAAAAAUGUUUUCAUAAAAUUUGCCCUGCAUAAUAAACGCACCCCCAACUCUGC